CACCGCUUCGUCGUUCGACCUCAAAACGGAAUGGCACGGGAAGAGCGGCCCUGAUUCACCUUCUUCCAACCAGCUUUUAUAACUUCUAAGAUGACAUUUGUUCAUCAUGGAUUAUCACAUUCAGCAAUCCAUGUUUUGUUUUUUAACGUUAUCGGCAUUUGAAAUUUGAAAAAUGGUAGCACUCACAAGAAGUCUAAACGUAGCUAGUGUGAUGUUAAAAUCGAUGUUCUGGACUUAUGGCAAAUUCUGUGCCUUACAUCCAUGGGAAGUGAUCAUCGGGACAUUAACAGUGACUCUGUGUUUCAUGUCAAUGACCAUGUACUCAAGUGAAGUAAAAAUCUGUGGCUGGAACUAUGCAUGUUCUAACAUUGAUAAAAUGCAAUCCUUCAGUACAAUUGGCAUCAAAAUAGCAAGAGAUGUUGCUGUUAUGUCUCUCUAUUUGAAAUUUCGGGAUCUGAAGAAAAUUGGAUCCCAUUAUUUACUGACUGUGUCUGCAUUGUUUGCUCUGUUCUCCAGCCUGUUAUUUAGUAUUGCUGUGUUAAACGUGGUUAAGAUUGAUCAUACUGGAUUCAGUGAGGCAUUUCCCUGUUUGAUUCUCCUUAUUGAUCUGUCCAGUGCCAGUACUCUUGCUUGCUUUGCCUUGGGUUCAACUUCACCUUAUGAAGUCCAGGACAAUAUUGCACAAGGUAUGUCCAAGCUUGGCCCGGCUAUCACUCUAGAUGCUAUAGUACAAACACUAGUAUUUGGUGUAGGCACACUAUCAGGCUGGAAACAAUUAGAAACCAUCAGCUACUUUGCUUGUCUUUCCGUAUUAGCCAACUAUUUAGCACUUAUGACCUUCUAUCCUGCUUGUUUGGCUUUAAUGCUUGAGCUUUGUCAUGGUGUAAUCCACGAGCAGCCAGUAUCGAAAUUUCAAUUUAUAAUGAACAAAGAUGGGGAUGAAGAACAAAAGUCAAAUCCUGUUAUACAAGUGGUCAAAAUCAUUAUGUCUACUGGUUUGGUUUUUGUACAUGUCUACAGCCGAUGGAUCACGGAUAGUGUAAAAGGUGCAGAUACAAUGUUGUAUCAGAAUAUCAUUUCUACAUCAGAUAUGAAUCAUAAAAUCCAACCAGAGAUAUCUUUCUGGCAGUUUUAUUUAGGAAGACUGUUUACAGCUGAUUAUGUCACCACACUGUUGUUGAUCAUCCUGUUGGGAUUAAAAUAUAUAUUUUUUGAUGUUAAUAUUGACACCAGCAUGGGCAGUUUAUUGAAAGAUAAGAGAAACAAAGUUGAAAUAUCAACACAGACAUGUUUUGAAUCACCUCAGUCAUCCGAAUGUGUGAAAUCCCUUAAAAAUUCAUCAGAAACUGAAGAACGUCACCAAGUAAAGAAACCUAGUGAAGGAAUCAGUGCAUUAAGUAACAAAGAAAUUAUUGAGCUUGUCAAAAAGAAACAUAUAGCUGGUUACCAACUGGAAAAAGUUCUAGGUGACUUUGAAAGAGGAAUUGAUGUCAGGAGGGGACUUAUUGAUGAAAACUUAACUGACAAAAGUGUGAUGGAAAAGCUUCCUUUUAAGAACUAUGAUUAUUCUGCUGUUUAUGGAGCAUGUUGUGAAAAUGUCAUUGGUUAUGUCCCUGUCCCUGUUGGUGUAGUAGGUCCAUUAUUUAUGAAUAGUAAAGACUAUUAUGUUCCCAUGGCCACUACCGAAGGCUGUUUAGUUGCUAGCACCAACAGAGGUUGCACAGCUUUGAAGAAAAGUGGUGGUGUACGCAGCUUCCUCUUAAGUGAUGGUAUGACAAGGGGUCCGGUUGUACGGUUCCCAACGGCGGAAGAAUGCAUGAAAUUAAAACUUUGGCUCAAUGAAAAAGAAGCAUUCCACUUUGUUCAAAAGAAAUUUAAUGAAACUAGUCGUUUUGCUAAUUUAACUAGCUUGCAAGCAAAUCUAGCUGGAAGAUACUUAUUUAUUCGAUUUGUAGCUACAACAGGUGACGCCAUGGGAAUGAAUAUGCUUUCUAAGGGAGUGGAAAAUGCUCUUAGAGUAUUGCAAGACAAGUUUCCUAACAUGGAAAUUAUGAGUGUUAGUGGUAAUUAUUGUACAGAUAAGAAAUGUGCUGCUAUUAAUUGGGUUAAUGGUCGAGGCAAAAGUGUGGUGGCUGAAGCAGUAAUUCCUGGCAAGGUUGUACGAGAAGUUCUUAAAAUCAGUGUGCCUGCAUUAGUUGACCUGAAUAUUGCCAAAAAUCUGGUUGGUUCAGCUAUGGCGGGUACACAGGGAGGCUUCAAUGCUCAUUCUGCCAACAUCGUUACUGCUGUAUAUAUUGCUACUGGCCAAGACCCAGCAGAAAAUGUGUCUAGUUCUAAUUGUAUAACAUUAAUGGAAGCAACAGGGGACAACAAUUCUGAUCUUUAUAUCAGUUGUACAAUGCCUUCACUGGAACUUGGGACAGUUGGUGGGGGAACAAGACUACAGCCGCAAGCUGCAUGCUUAAAAAUGCUUGGAGUAGAGGGACCCAAUGAAACACCAGGGAAGAAUGCUGCGACAUUUGCACAAAUCGUUUGCAGUACUGUGUUAGCCGGAGAACUGUCCUUAAUGUCAGCACUUGCUGCUGGACAUUUAGUGAAAAGCCAUAUGAGACAUAACAGAGCACCAACAGAAACAGUAAAAUGCAGUAUUUAAAUUUUCUUGUCUUUGUUGGUACUUUCAUGAAUUCGUUUUUAAGAAAACUUCUUUAUUAGCCCUCAAUUUCACAUUUGGUUUCUUUUUUAUUUGUUUAAUUAUGUUAUAAAAUCUAGCAUCUUUUUACUUAAGUAUAAAAAUGUUAGCACAAAAAUUAGUAAUUAAAAAAUUGCCCAUCUUUUGUAAAUUCUUUUCAUUUAAAAAUGUUUUCAUACUAUUUAGUCAGAGGAGAAGAAGAAGCUGCACCCUUGACCCUUGAUUAUUCAGGAGAUGAAAGAUAGGAAGUUAGUCUUGGCCCUUGAUUUUCAGGAGAUGAAAGAUAGGAAGUUAGCCUCAAACUGGGGACUUGGCAUGAAUGUUGAACAGAGCUCUCUUUGUUAAAAGCAGACCUUGUGGGGUUGUUAAAAUGAAUAUUUGAGAUUCAGUCUGCCUCUCAAGAAUGCAAGAGAGCUGAAACACACAUUCUCUUCCAACACUUUUACAAUCCCAUUAAUCCCCUCGGGUCACAACAUUAUUUUAUACACUACCAGAAGGAUGAAAGAUAAAGCCGACCUUGAUGCAAUUAGAGCUUGUAGCAUAUAGGGAGAACAAAUAUACUGUUUUAACCCUUUUAAUCAUCAUAUUUCUAUUGAGAUGCUCUGUGUUUCUUUCAGUUGAUUUUAAAUAUAACAAAGAAUUUAGUAAAUUACGCUAGCGUUAGGAACAUAAAUUGUAACUAAUGUUCAGUAGAUUUUAAUUUAGAACUUUUGAAAACAAAACCAGAAGCGGUUUCAGCCGGGGUUGGUGUCAAAAGGGUUAAUGGCCACCAAUUCACCUCCUAUGAUAUGUAGGCAUAUUUGUGGAUGAGUUCUAUGAAAACUAUAAAAUGGUGAAAUGCAGAUGAAUAAAAACAGCUGAAACAAACAACAUAAAAACCAUGCCGUAUAAAAGUUGUGUGGGAACCUGAUGGAAAGACAAUAACGAAAUGUAUUUGAAGUUUUAAGGAACCAGUAUGCCAGGUGAGAAUCAGUGAGAAUGACUAAUUAAAAAAUUAAUGUAAUUAUAGCAUUGAAAAUAUAAUCUAAUAGAAUUAAUAUGUGAAUGAAAGGUGUAGCCAGCAGCUCACAUUAGGCUAAAAAUCUUGAACGUGGUCAGAAAAGGAAAAGAUGUUUCUCUUUCAAAUUUGUUAUGAGAAUAAUGAAAUUGUGUAUAGAGUACAUACAUACAUACAAGCGUGUGCACAUUCAUACAUGUGCAUACACACACAUACACAUGUAUGCACAUGCAUGUGUACAACCAAACACUGGGUGGUGCACUACAACUCAUCAAAGGUGCAUAGAAUUAUGUCGAAAAGUUAGGAAAGUGAACAGUGUAUGAGUCAUGACAUACAUGUGUGCAUGUGCAUGGAAGGGUAUAAUAAUAAUAAUAAUGAAAUUAUAGUAUACAGUGCUCAGGUGCACCACAACUUGUCAAAUUUGUUAUGCUAGGAAACGGUGAAACUUUUAGAAGUUGAUGGGUUACUAUUUAGUGUUUUGUCAAAAUGUGAUACAGGUGUACUAUAGCAGCAGCAGUAUGAUACUGACACAUGUUUAUAACGAUAUGAAAUCAGUGUGUGCACAACAAUGCAAUAUCAACACAUAACAAUGUU